AUGACUGGACGUGCUCCGAAGGCUACAUGGACCAAGGACGAUAUCAAGACCCUACAGGCACAGUGGCAGACCGGCUCUUCCACAAAGCAGAUCGGUGUCAAGCUUGGUCGUUCUCCGUACGCCGUUAAAACUAUGAUCUGCCGGCAUCGCGAUGAUUGGGGCCUCGAGUACAGAUACAUCCAGCGUCACGACACAUGA